AUGCUUUUCCCCACUGGUAUAAAUAUUUUUAAUGUAAGCUACAGUAUGUGCAGUAGGCGGCAUGAAUGUAAACAUGUAUUCUUUCUAUAGCCCAGGCACACACCAUUUUACCACUCUCCUUUCUCUCUCUCUUGCUUACAGAGUUGCCCCAGAAGGGUAGUGAUGAAAAAGUAGGGGAGUCCCUCUCAGACUCCUCCCUGUUUGUCCGCUGGGGUCAUGACCUCGGUCCUGAGAGUCGUCGGGUGGCGCUGAAGAAGUUCCAGUACUACGGCUACAACGGCUACCUCAGUGACCGCCUCUCUCUGGCCAGACCCAUCCCAGACCUCAGACCUGAUGGGUACAUGACCUUUGACCCUUUUGUUGGCUCCUUUUUAUUGUCCAUAAAAAAAAAAAAAUCUGACAGAAGGUUCUUGUUCAUAUCUUGUCUGUUUGCUGUUUCUCCUCAGGUGCAGAAACAUGUCGUACCCCACCAAUCUCCCACAAGUAAGUAUAAUCUUUAUCUUUGUGAACGAAGCCCUGUCGGUCAUCCUGCGCUCCAUCCACACCGCCAUGAACAGGACUCCCUCCCACCUCCUUAAGGAGAUCAUCCUGGUCGAUGACAACAGCAACAAUGGUAACUCCUAUAUUCCUUCUAAAUGUAGCCUACAAAGUAUACACACUGCAUUGUAAACAGGAAUCCAUUCAGACUGCUUACUAUCUUAAAUUAAAUAACUUCUAAAUCCAGGAAGUAACACAACAAAAUGUGGAAAAAGUCAAGGGGUGUGAAUACUUUCUGAAAGCACUGUGUAUCCAUUCACACUUGACAUGCUUGAGGACCGACAGUACAUCAGGAGUUUCUCUAUAAUCUUAUUACUGGUAAUAAACUCAUAAUGUAUCUUACCCCAUACACAUUUACAAUAUCUUUUUAAAAUGUGUUGGUGUUGCCUGCCAAUUUAAUGGAUUACUUUCACACGGCUCCGAAUUAAGUCAUUUGUUAGGCUAGUUAUUUCCGCAGGACCGACCUGUAUACUGAUCAGCUAUAGAGCCAGAGGGAAGUGAGAAGAUUUAAAAGCUCUAUUUUACCUAGACUGAUAAUUUGUAUGAAGGUGUUUUAGCUGCAUACUUUACUGAACAUAUCUGUUGAGAUGACAAAUGAGGGUCAAAAGAGUCUGGCAGAGGGAUUAAAAAAACUGACUGAUUCUUUUGAAUUGAUAUUUUUAUUAAGGCCUCCAAUUUCAGGAUGUAAAUGUUGAAUCAUUACAUUAAAAAAAGAGGAACUUCUGUAAUGUAAAUUAAUUGGAAAACGGAGCUGUAUAGCUGAGAUGCAGAGUAUUGCUGAGAGUGGAAAUGAAGCUGUAAAAGUUUCCUUUAUGACCAUUGGUAUUCUAAUUAAUUCCUUGGCAGUUGGCUCACUUUGAACAAUGCGACUCUUCCCGUCUGUACAGUUUCAGGAGUCUGGCUAACGGCUCCCCAUCCUGAGUGGGGUGUCUCAUAGGGUCAGCUGGGAUUACUUCCCAUGACAAUCCAAUUAACCAAAUCGACCUUAGUCCUCUUAUUUGUCCUCUUCAUUUCUUAACGAGUUAAAUUACUGUAUUUUCACCGCUAACUAUUGCUGGAUAUUACUUGGUUAAUCCUAAUCAGUUCAUGGUUGAAUAAUCAAUAUUGUCAUAAAGAACAUGUCUGAAAGCCAUUGUCCCAUGAAGUGUCUCAGCUAACUCCCCAACACUACUGUAAUGAAAACAGACAUUGAUGUCCAGUCCUCGCCCUUCAUGUCCCAAUCACUCCAUCUGGUUGCCAUGGUGAGACACUGCCAUGACCACCUAGCAAAUUAAAACAAACAGAUGGCAGAUGGAGCUUGUGGGAAAGUAGAAUUGACUUCCCUCAACCAGACGAUGCUGAUAGACAUCAAUAAUAGGAUAUUUCCAGAGGACCUUUCACAACCGCAAUAGUAUUUAUUUGAAAUCCCAUUUACACUGUGGAAUAAAUAGAACUUGGGACUGUAAAGCACUUUUCAAAUGUGUAGUUAGAGUCAAUAGUCCAAGGUACAUACAGUGGGGAGAACAAGUAUUUGAUACACUGCCGAUUUUGCAGGUUUUCCUACUUACAAAGCAUGUAGAGGUCUGUAAUUUUUAUCAUAGGUACACUUCAACUGUGAGAGAGGGAAUCUAAAACAAAAAUCCAGAAAAUCACAUUGUAUGAUUUUUAAGUAAUUAAUUUGCAUUUUAUUGCAUGACAUAAGUAUUUGAUCACCUACCAACCAGUAAGAAUUCUGGCUCUCACAGAACUGUUAGUUUUUCUUUAAGAAGCCCUCCUGUUCUCCACUCAUUACCUGUAUUAACUGCACCUGUUUGAACUCGUUACCUGUAUAAAAUACACCUGUCCACACACUCAAUCAAACAGACUCCAACCUCUCCACAAUGGCCAAGACCAGAGAGCUGUGUAAGGACAUCAGGGAUAAAAUUGUAGACUGCACAAGGCUGGGAUGGACUACAGGACAAUAGGCAAGCAGCUUGGUGAGAAGGCAACAACUGUUGGCGCAAUUAUUAGAAAAUGGAAGUAGUUCCAGAUGACGGUCAAUCACCCUCGUUCUGGGGCUCCAUGCAAGAUCUCACCUCGUGGGGCAUCAAUGAUCAUGAGGAAGGUGAGGGAUCAGCCCAGAACUACACGGCAGGACCUGGUCAAUGACCUGAAGAGAGCUGGGACCACAGUCUCAAAGAAAACCAUUAGUAACACACUACGCCGUCAUGGAUUAAAAUCCUGCAGCGUACGCAAGGUCCCCCUGCUCAAGCCAGCGCAUGUCCAGGCCCGUCUGAAGUUUGCCAAUGACCAUCUGGAUGAUCCAGAGGAGGAAUGGGAGAAGGUCAUGUGGUCUGAUGAGACAAAAAUAUAGCUUUUUGGUCUAAACUCCACUCGCCGUGUUUGGAGGAAGAAGAAGGAUGAGUACAACCCCAAGAACACCAUCCCAACCGUGAAGCAUGGAGGUGGAAACAUCAUUCUUUGAGGAUGCAUUUCUGCAAAGGGGACAGGACGACUGCACCGUAUUGAGGGGAGGAUGGAUGGGGCCAUGUAUCGCGAGAUCUUGUAAGAGUAAGAGCAUUGAAGAUGGGUCGUGGCUGGGUCUUCCAGCAUGACAACGACACGAAACACACAGCCAGGGCAACUAAGGAGUGGCUCCGUAAGAAGCAUCUCAAGGUCCUGGAGUGGCCUAGCCAGUCUCCAGACCUGAACCCAAUAGAAAAUCUUUGAAGGGAGCUGAAAAUCCGUAUUGCCCAGCGACAGCCCCGAAACCUGAAGGAUGGGCCAAAAUCCCUGCUGCAGUGUGUGCAAACCUGGUCAAGACCUACAGGAAACGUAUGAUCUCUGUAAUUGCAAACAAAGGUUUCUGUACCAAAUAUUAAAUUACAUAAAAAUCAUACAAUGUGAUUUUCUGGAUUUUUGUUUUAGAUUCCGUCUCUCACAGCUGAAGUGUACCUAUGAUACAAAUUACAGACCUCUACAUGCUUUGUAAGUAGGAAAACCUGCAAAAUUUCACAGGUGCAGUAUAUUAUAAGACAUAAUGAGAAAUACCUACACACUGUUUCAAGGCUUCCCAGAGUUUCAUUCAACAAUGUUUCAGCCACUCUGGUUCUUUGUAAAGGUCAGACAGACAGACUCUGUAAAACUUCUCUCCCUUUUUCUCUCUUUCUGUACUGUAUGUGUCUCUCUAUUAAUGUUUAUAUAGCUGAGCUGAAGGAGAACCUGCAGAACUUUGUGAAGGAAACCAACUCCCAGCGGCCAGACUUCAUCAAGGUGGUCCGCCACGACAAGCAGGAGGGGCUGAUCCGCUCCAGGGUCAGUGGGUUGGAGAGCCUCCAGUGCCCCCGUUGUUGCCCUGUUUGA